AUGCAAGCCAAUACGCCGUUAGCUUCCUCCGAGCUCUUCUUUUCUUCUGGGGUACGCCAUGAAGCGGGAAUGGCGUCCUUCGAACUUGAAGGCUCUUCAUCUGAUCAUCUAGAUGCAGGGCGAGGGGCGGAAAGCCCAAAGUGCUCUGACUUUUCUCCAGAGCUGAAAAGUCCUCUUGAAGAUGGAGAGGGAGAGAUUUACGUAGAUCUUAGUCGCGAGCUCGCCGCGAUCGAUGGGCCUGAAGCUCAUUCGGUUUUCAGCGCCACUCCAGCAGCGGCCAGGGCAGCGAAAGCAACUCCGGAGUCCAUCAGCUCUGGCUCUUCAUCUAAAACCAGCCCCUGCUGCAUGAGCUUCUGCACUGAUUUGGAGCCAGCGGAAAACACUUUCGAUUGGAAAGCUGCCGCAUGCAGCCACCAGACUCGGCAGUGGCCUUGCAGCACAGAGACCGACAAGUAUCACUCUCCUGAGCACGAAUCAGCUUCCUCGAGUCCACGCCCGUCUGUCUUUGGCCUUGGUGUUUGCAGGCGAAAAGACUGGAAUGCAGAACGCCUAGAGCAUGAGGUUCUGCGAGGGCGCAAGAGCCUUAGAAAAAAGAGUUGGGGGUUCUUCGCGCGUGCGUCCCCUGUGGAGUCUCCACUAAGUCAAAAGGAGGCGAAAAGGAGGGGAGGGGCCACAGGCAGCACGGAAAGUGAUAAUCAGACGGACUCAGACCUUGCGAGUCUCUUAGGGUCCAUAGAAAGAACUAGGAACCGGAUGAGGUCUCAAGAGGAGGCUGAGAGCAGACUUGACGCUGCAGCGUAUGCGGGAGGCCUCUUUCAGUUCGCCCGUAGCGCAGCUUCCUCAGCUGCUCUGCUCCCUAGGGGGCCGCCUGCGCGGCUGCUUUACAAGGGAGACUUAGCCAGUCCAGACAAAGCAGCACAUCCAACGCCGUGUGCUGCUGCUGGCGCUAGACUUUUGCGACCAGCCGGAGUUAGUGAAACAGAAGGCCUAGCUGAGGGGGUCCCACUAAAGAGGGGGACAGGCUCCAGGUCGGCGGUUCUCGCCACCUCUCCUGUGAUGUCUUCUCCAUCUGCACGUCUGAAGUCAACGACAAAAGCUAUUCUCAAGCCCACGAAACCGCAGGCCAGUGCAGUGCCCUUCGGAGGAGGUCCUAAGAAAGGCCCUCACCCUGUAGAUGGCUGUCUGGCUCAGGAGGCCAAAUUAGGAAGCAGCAGUCGGGAGGCGGAUGCAGCCGACUUGGCGGCGGAGAUGAAAAGGAACGCGCGGAUGUCUGCGGAGCUGUCCGAUCUUAGGGAAGAACUACGGCUGCGAGACGAGGAAUUGGCUAAAGCCCGAAGCGCAGCGCUUCUUCCUGCGCGCGUGUUACAGGCCCUCAGACACUGGCGCGACAUGGAGCUCACUAGGGGAGGGCUAACGGCAGAAGCGGGAGGGGAAGCGGAGGGGCAGCCGCAAAUCUCGCCAGCUCGGCGGUGUCUAGAGGAGAUCGAGGCUAUCCUGCAAAAGGGGGAGCGGGAAGGGCCUGCCUAUGUACGAGAGCUAGAGGGGCUGAAGGAGGAAUUGGCUGCAUGCAAAGAAGCGCGGCGGCAGGCAGAGCUCCAGGGGGAGUCCCUCCGCAACGAGGUAUCUUUUCUUCAGGCCGUUAACGGGAAGCUGGCAGAACGGAGGGAGGAAGAAGGCAGUGCAGCUCUGGAGACGCUGAAAGAGCAUCUCGAGAAGAAAUCUCAAGAGAUGAGCCAGCUUCAGCGCGAUAAGGAGUCUCUGAGGCGGGAACUGGACGGCUUGCGAUCGCACUGCGCAGAGGAGGUCGCUGCAGCUAAUGCCGCCAGAGUGGCGCUGCAACACGAGCUCCAGGCGACCCGUCACGUGUUGGACGUAGCGAGGAAGGAUCUGGAGGAGACAGUAGAGCGGCUUCAAGGGGAAAACAAGCAGCUGAGGCUGCAGAAGGAGGCGGCAGAGGGUCGCUUGAGAGACUGUGUAGAGGCGGAGAGACUCGCUCAGUUGGAGAGGGAGGCCAUGGUAGGCCAGCAGGCACGGCUCGCUGCGCAGCACGAGGCCCUGCGGAAGAGCCUUCACGAAAUUAGAAAAAGCGCAGCUGAAGCACGCAGGAAAUGGCUAGCCAGCCAGCUGCAAGGCGCAGAUCAGGGUGCGAGUGGGGGCAUUCGCCCCUUAAUGGACGGCGCGGAGAGGAUACCAGCGGUGCCUCCUAGACAACGAACAGCGAGCUUCAGCAGCAGAGGCAGCAACACAGAGGGGUCCCCAGCAGGGCCGGCGAGUUCAGACGCACAUCAACCUCACAAGAGCUGCGGGGAGGAUGAAGCGCCGGGAACUCUCAGCAGUGCACGACUUCCGAGCGACAGCAGCACGCUGCUCCAGGAGGCUGCCUUCGAGGCACUAGAUCCUGAGGCCACGACAGGGGCUGUCGGUGCCUCCGAGACAGGUCCCCCAAAUCCUUGCCAUGCGCGGAAGGCCUUCUACCAGUCGAGCCCAGGCGAGAAGGACAGAGACUCCAGCUGUCGAGGCUCGCAGCAGUGGUAUUUUGCAUGCCCCGAAGGCGCCGCCGUUCACGCAGAGUGCGCUGACAGAGCACAGAGGCGAGGCAGCCAGGAGGACAGCUCUCCUGAGGCGGCGUUUGCACGGGAAGCGCGAUCCGGCUGUUCUGCUGCGCAACAGCCUGUCCAGGUGAGAAGCGCAGAAGAAGGAGUCAUGGCAGGUACAGGGAAAGCUGCGCACCAGCGCAGCCUCACAGCUUCGGCGGCUGCGGCCUGUUGCCCUUCUCCUCCGGGGGGUCUUCGGACGGAGGCUGCAAGGACCUGCUUGCGUGAAGAGCGAACGUCUGCUUUCCACCACCUGUAA